AUAGGUGGUUCCCGUGUAGGGAAAUCGUGGCUGCUUUACAGAUGUGUUCAUGGCUGGAUCUAUGAAUAUAUCGAUGCCACAAUUGGAGGUAAGAGAUGCUUUUUCAAUCAGAAACAAUUGAUUAAGUAAGUGUUUUUGACCAUUUUUUAUAUCAACUUCUGUACUUUCAGUCUCCUCUUCUGUUAAGGAAGUAAAUCUUGAAGAUGGCACAAGAGUGAAGCUUAAUAUUUGGGAUACCGCUGGUGCAGAACGCUCUGACAGUGUGAACUUAAAGCUGUGCGAUAGAGCUCAUGCUAUCAUUGUUGUGUAUGACAUAACAGAGGAACAUUCUUUUGAAAGAGCAAAGAAUUUGGGUUAG